AUGUCAAUUCCAGUAGAUACGGAUAUAUCAACGCACAAGGAAAUCCAUUUACUGUUGGAGCAGAACAAGACUGCAGCGCUGUAUAUUUCCUGCAUAGCCUAUAAGCUCGAUAACAUGGCUUGGUAUGCUGGAAACUCAAAUAGUGCAUGGGGAAGUGGAGGUUCGACAAAUUAUCCAAUACAGCCGGUACAGCCUGUACAAUCUGUUCCAAUCUCACCACCACCGUUGCCAGUGCGGUCGCAACCUCAACCGCCGCCAGCGUAUUCUGGCUGGAGCGCGUUUUUAGCCCCCGAAGCUAAACCAGUCGCUCAAGCCGAUAAAGAACUCAAGGAUGACCAGCCCAGUGUAAAAGAAACCAAAAUUGUAGUUGAUAAAAAUGUAAAAAGCAAACAAGACUAUUGCGCACCAAAUUGGCCUCGAUUUCAUCCCAUGGUAUAUCAUGAUAUCUCUCAAGAUAUUCCAUCACAAGGACAAGGAAUUGUCAGACGAGCAUUUUUUGCCUGGCAUGGCAAGUCAAUAUUUACAGCGAUCUGCUAUUUAGCCAACUUUGUUGCUGCAACAUCGCUUUUUUUCACAAAGUCGCCCAUUGCAGGAGCCACGUUUGGAAUUUCUCUUGCUGUGCUCCUGCUUGGAUUACCACUAUCCUUUAUCUUUUGGUAUCGCCGUUUGUAUUUUGCAGUCAAGCAUAACACAAGUGUUGGACUGGUUGUAUUCUUUUUUAGCUUUCUGGUUCAAAACGGCGUGAUUGUUUUUCUUGCAAUUAUGAUUACUGGAGGAAGUGAAUUGUAA